UUCAUUGGCUAUUGGGUCCCCUGGAGCUUCAAGCAGAUCUGCUGCCACGAGGAAAACUGCUCCUGAUGAGCAUGAUGACGAUGAUGGGGACUGCCGAUGUGGUUGUCGCGAGACUGCUGACACCAAGCUAGAAGUGGAACAAGAAGAAGACAUGAAUUGCUCGAGCGAAUCAUCAAAUUUUGGAUUGCUGGAUUGUGGUGGUGGUGGUGGUUCCAAGUCUGCUCCUGAGAAGGAUAAAGCUUAUCUAUUGAAACGAGGUGGAGAGUUGUUCCACGCCAAUGACUUGGAAGCAGCCAUAGAAGUGUUCACACAUGGUGCCAAGAGGUACCCAACUGAUGAGAGAUUCUUGAACAACCGAAGCGCUUGCUACCUCAAGGCUGGCAACUAUCAUGGUACUUUGGAAGAUUGCUCUCAAGUCCUGGAAUGUCUUGGAAAACGUGGACCAAUGAAUAAUGAGACUGCUGGCAAGGUUCAUACCCGACGAUCAUUUGCCUUACAAGAACUAGAAAUGUUUCGCGAAGCCUUGAUUGAAAUGGACGCGGCCAUUCAAUAUUUGCCUGGUAAUCCAAGUUUGAUCGAAAUGAGAGAGAGGUUGCGAGAGAUGGUGGCGUAAGAGUUGCUUGGAAUAGAUGAUUCUUAUAAAUAUAUUUCAUUACUAUUAUUGGGAUAU